UGCCAGAACGAAGUGGCGGUUCAGCAGGAAGCUGAAGCGGUGGCGGCCGCCUAGGUUCUUGGAACGGAGAUAGGCAGCAGGGUUUUUCUAGAGCAGACUGGCGCAGAGGUCGAGCCAAACUCCGAGGUCCUGGGAGGAGGUAAAGCGAAACGGAGUUUCGGCACAGGUCCAUAACGGGUGCGUAGGAAUUUGCGAGGUGGGAGGGCCAAGCCGAGAGUGGACCACCAGUUAGCGCGCGCUCCGCCUACAAGAUGAGCUCCAAGGCCAAGAAACGCGUAGUGCUGCCCACUCGCCCCGCACCUCCCACGGUGGAGCAGAUCCUGGAGGACGUCCGAGGGGCACCCGCCCACGAUCCUGUUUUCACUGCCCUGGCCCCAGAAGACCCCCCAGACCCAUCCCCAAGGGCUGAGGACUCUGAGAUACAGCAGGAGCAGAUCUACCAACAGAGUCGGGCCUAUGUGGCUAUGAAUGAGAGACUGCAGCAGGCGGGGGAUGCGCUGAGACAGAAGUUCGAUGGCCUUCGGCAAGCUGGUCAAAGGCUGGAACAGGAUAUCAGCCAGGUGACUUCAGCUACCUCCUAGAGCCCAGGUUACUCCUGAUGUCCUUGGUCCAGGCCUGGGCACUUGACAACCAGAGCCUCUGGGUCAACAUUUGCUGCCCCAACCCUGGCCUGGGAGACCCAGUGGCCCACUCUGCCAGCUUGCAGCUUUGUUCCCUCUUCCAUCCUUAAUGGCCUCUAACUCAUGAUGGGACAUGGGGACACCAGCCUAGAUUGCAUCUAGGACUUGACUGCAGGUCGGGGCUCAGAGCCAGUCUGCCCCAUAGUGACCAGCCUGCUCUUCUACCCCAUGUCACCCUGGGCAGUGAAGGUCUCCAUCCCAGCAUCCACAGCAGGUCAGCCACCAUCAUCUUGGCUGAGAGAAUGGACUGGCUACCCGCUUCCUAGUGCCUGGCUCAGGCCCUCCAGGGCCCCACUGCCUUCUCAGCUCUCCCUAGGGCUGGGAGGGACUCAACAAGGGGCUCUCCAUUCUGGGGAGUCCAGGGAUCUAAGAGGAGCCCAAAGGCCAGGGCCCUGUGUGUGUGGUGGACAUUGCCCCUUCUGAACCCGGGGUCUGUCUUGGCUCCUUGCAGAAGAUCACCACUCUUGGGAUGACUGGACUUUAGUUCUGGAAGAUUAAAGAUGUUUGAUGCCUAAA